UCUCCACUCCCAUAUUUCCCUCAAGUUUCCCUGCUCCAACCGGAAACACAUCACAUCCACAAACACACAAUUAACAGCCGCCGCCAUCGCCUACCUUCUCUCUUUGCAAAUCUACCCCGCAGUCGUCACAGGUAUGAUUAGUGGAGGGGGAAAUGAUAUAAAAGUAACAAAGUAAUAAACUUUAUUCCAUUAUUGUUAUGAUGGAAGUAAAGUAAAACAUUAGGUGGUUGUUGGUUGGUUUGUUUGGAGGUGUGGGUGAGAUAGAACCACCACUUCUUUCCCCACUCUCCGUCGGAGAAAUUGAUUCAUGGACUCACCGGAGCCGGAGGCUGAGACCCCAAGUUUGACAGGUUGAGACAAAAUUAUCAAAGCGACGAUGGUUGUUGUUAACACCACCAAAGAGGUCGAAAUUAGUGUCGGUUUAAGCACUUCGCCACCGUCAUUCACCUCUUCCAUUCAAGACUCAUCUUCCUCCUCCUCGAAUGCAUCAUCGGCCUCCUCUAUCGCCAAUGAUCAGGACCAAUCUACCGACCAUGAUCAUAGCGACCCUCCCCCUCCGACGACCAACAUUCUCCAAGGCCAUCGCCAAUCCAAUUCCACUGGUGCUGAUGCCAAUGCUGAGGAGACACGUGACUACGAGAGGAACAUGAAGGAAUUGCAAGACUUGUUCUCCAAGCUCAAUCCCAUGGCCAAGGAAUUUGUUCCCCCUUCUCUGUCUAAUAACCAUUACGAUCCCACCAAAGUAAACGCCAACAACAAUCACUUGCUCACUGCGGCCCUUGCCACACUCCAAGCUUUCGGGCCUACUAUUUACCCUGACAAUGUCGACAACGACAACAAUCCCGUCCUGCCAUUCGAUGUCUCUAAGAAUGGUCAUCUCAAUGGAAAGAAAAACUUUGGUCAAGUAAAGCGUAGAAUGAACACUAGAACAAGCAUGGCUCAGAGGGAGGAGAUAAUUCGUCGGACUAUCUAUGUGUCUGACAUUGAUCAACAGGUCACCGAGGAGCAGCUUGCAGCUCUAUUUGUUGGUUGUGGACAGGUUGUUGAUUGUCGCAUCUGUGGUGAUCCCAAAUCCAUACUGCGUUUUGCCUUUAUCGAGUUCACUGAUGAGGAUGGUGCACGGACUGCACUAAAUCUGUCUGGAACAAUGCUGGGAUACUACCCGGUGAGGGUGCUUCCUUCCAAGACUGCCAUAGCACCAGUUAACCCAACCUUUCUGCCGAGGAAUGAUGAUGAACGGGAGAUGUGCUCAAGAACUAUUUACUGCACAAAUAUCGAUAAGAAGGUGACUCAAGCCGAUGUUAAGCUCUUUUUUGAAUCUUUAUGUGGAGAGGUUUAUCGCCUGAGGCUUCUUGGGGACUAUCACCACUCUACUCGCAUUGCUUUUGUGGAGUUUGUGCAGGCUGAGAGUGCAAUAACUGCACUGAAUUGCAGCGGCGUGGUGUUGGGUUUAUUGCCCAUAAGGGUGAGCCCAUCGAAGACCCCAGUCCGGCCACGUUCACCUCGCCUGCCCCUGAACUAAAGCAUCAUGUUGGUGGUGGUGGUGGGAUUCAUCUUUUAGUUGCUCUGUGUACCUAUUAUAUAUAUUUAGAGACAACUUACCAACCAUUGGACGUUGUUACUUUUGUCAUUUCACGGCGGUGCGCUUAUUUCCAGAGUUCUAUAUACAGCCAUCCAAUGAUUUCUUAUUUUUGGGGUUACAAAUCUGUCGGAGCUCUUAGUCUACCUCAUAGGUGAUAGAAAGGUUUUAAAUAGCUUAUAGUCCUUUUUGGCCUUUGUAAUCAUGGCGACAUUGUGGUAGAGAUGGACGAGACCUAAUUUUUUUUAAGCAACUUGUUUCAGUUCAUCCAUGUUGCAAUCUCUGAUUCUG